UUAAGUUGCGAGUAUUUCAUAGAAUUGUCCUCCUCUGCCCGCUCGCCAUCGAAGGAAGGCUCGGCGUCGCCUCCACCCAAAGCAGGCUCCGCGAAUAUGCCCUCCGCGUGCAGUAUUUCUCACGUUACUUACCUUUCGAAACCCUAACCCUAACUUCGGCCGCAUCACCGCCCAAAUAUCUUUCGAUACCGAUCCGAUCGAAGUAUUGGAAUCCUGCUAUUCUCUGCUAAUCUGCGUCUGUCGAAGGUGGCUCAAUGGAGGAUCGACCAUGGUCCCUCCUCCUACUUUGCUUCUUGAUUCCUUUUUCUAUAGCCUCCAUCUGCAAGGAGAACACCACCCUCGCCGGCUUCAGUUCCGACCUCGCCAUGGUUCAGCACCAGCUCCGCGGCGUCGUCCGCAUCCUCGACGGCUGCUCGUUCUCCGUCAGCCAAUUCGACAUGCUACCUGGAUCUGAUCGUGUGCGGUGGUGGGGCGCCUCUGGCGACUCCUUCCACAACCUCACCUCCGGCUUCGAGAUCUCCGACAUGAAUCUCAACCACACCUAUCGCAAUGAGUCAUUUACCGUACGCCUGCUCCCCGACGUCACCUGGGACCAGAUGUCCGUUCUCGCCGUGUGGGACGAGCCUACAGCCUCCGAUUUCGGUCACCUCUUACUCGGUUCAAACCACUCUGAUUUACUCGCACCGAUUCCUGAUCCUUCCCCUGCUCCCUCGCCGAUCUCUGAUCAAUUUGAUGCUCCACCAAUAAGCAGGAGACCCGCCUACAGCCAACCCACGAUGUUCGAUAAUUGCCUGGCUUUGUCGCCUAGUUACCGUCUCAGAUGGACACUUCUUCCGGAAUCCAACUCUAUUGCCAUUGGCCUUGAAGCUGCCAUUGGCACGCAGUACUACAUGGCAUUCGGGUGGGCGGAUCCUGGCGCAGCAUCCCCUACCAUGAUGCAUGCUGAUGUUGUUGUAGCUGGGUUUAGUGAGGAGGGAAUUCCUUUUGCAGAGGACUAUUUCAUCACUGAGUACAGUGAGUGUCUUCUUAACAAGGAUGGGAAGGUUGAGGGUGUCUGCCCAGACACCAUCUAUGAGGGCUCGGAUCCUGUUGGAUUGGUAAACAACACCAAAUUGGUCUACGGGCACCGGCGGGAUGGCAUUGCUUUUGUGAGGUAUGAGCGUUCCAUUGUUUCAAAGGAUGAGAAGUAUGACGUUCAUGUGAACAAAACUGAUAAUAUGACCGUGAUUUGGGCUCUGGGUCUGAUCAGACCACCAGAUACUCUCCGUCCUUACUACCUUCCCCAGAAUCAUGGCGGUCCAAAGUUCACCACUUAUGGCUUCUUUACCCUUAAUUUGUCAAAGGAGGUCAAUCAAUGCGCUGGGCCAUUGGAUGCAGAGGACAAGGAUGACCAGGAUCUGAUCAUUUCUGAUGGGAAGACGCCGCUGAUUGUGACAUCAGGCCCUGCACUACACUACCCUAAUCCUCCAAACCCAGCAAAAGUGAUUUACAUCAACAAGAAGGAGGCUCCUCAUCUAAGAGUAGAAAGGGGUGUUCCAGUAACAUUUUCAAUACAAGGCGGUCAUGAUUUGGCGCUUUACAUUACAUCAGAUCCUAUUGGGGGCAACGCAACUUCUCGUAACGUGUCGGAGACCAUCUAUGCUGGCGGAGUUGACGCCGAAGGUGUUCCAGCCAGUCCAAAGGAGUUAAUCUGGGCUCCUGACAGGAAUACUCCAGACCAAGUUUAUUACCAGUCAUUUUUUGAGCAGAAAAUGGGCUGGAAAGUUCAGGUGGUUGAUGGUGGACUAUCUGAUAUGUACAACAACAGUGUUUUGCUGGAUGAUCAGCAGGUAACAUUGUUUUGGACUCUAUCUCCUGAUUCCAUAACUAUUGCAGCUCGAGGUGAGAAAAAAAGUAGUUACCUUGCAAUUGGGUUUGGGAGUGGGAUGAUCAACAGCUAUGCAUAUAUUGGUUGGAUAGACGAUUUUGGGAUAGGGCACGUUAAUACCUACUGGAUUGAUGGAAAAGAUGCAUCAAGUGUUCGUCCAACUUCCGAGAACAUAUCCAAUGUGAGAUGCAGAUCAGAAAAUGGCAUCAUAACUUUUGAAUUUACUCGACCUCUCAAUCCUUCUUGUAAUGGAAGGGUUGAGUGUAAGAAUAUUAUUGAUCCAACUACGCCAUUAAAAGUAAUAUGGGCUAUGGGUGCUCGAUGGUCUGCAGACCACUUAAGUGAGAAGAACAUGCAUUCUGUAACUAGCAGGAAGCCAGUGCGUGUCUUGCUUCUUCGCGGUUCAGCAGAGGCAGAGCAGGAUUUGCGCCCUGUUCUUGCUGUUCAUGGCUUCAUGAUGUUUAUUGCUUGGGGCAUCUUACUCCCAGGAGGGAUAUUGGCUGCAAGGUACUUAAAACAUGUUAAAGGUGACAGUUGGUAUCAGAUUCACGUCUACCUACAGUACUCAGGCAUAGCUAUAGUCUUGCUUGGUGUUCUCUUUGCUGCAGCUGAACUGCGUGGGUUUUAUAUCGGUUCCGCACAUGUCAAAUUUGGGGUUUCCGCCAUUGUUUUGGCUUGUAUACAACCAGUAAAUGCGUAUUUGAGGCCUAAGAGGCCAGCUAAUGGAGAGGCUCCCUCGCCAAGGAGGGUCAUUUGGGAAUUCUUUCAUGCCAUUACUGGUAGGUUUGCGAUUCUUGCUGGAAUUGUGGCUCUCUUUACUGGGAUGAAGCAUCUUGGAAACAGAUACGACAGUGAGAAUGUUGAGGGGCUUACAUGGGCCUUGAUAAUAUGGUUUCUUCUUGUUUCUCUUCUUGUUUUGUAUCUCGAGUAUCUGGAAGUACAACGGAGGAGAAAAGAGAAGAACUCUUUAAGAGGUAAUUGGGUUUUGGGUAAUGAUGAUGAUGAAGAAGAAGAUUCGGUGGACCUAUUGCAUCGCAAGAGAACAUCCACCGCGCCAGAAUAUGUGUCGUCCACGAGAAUGGAAGUACAACUUGAACCAAUUAGAUGAUAGGCUGUGUAUUUUAUUCUAUACAUUUUAUAUACACCACAAAUGCUUCAGCUGCAGGAAUUUUGUUUAUAGAGGAAGCCUGACAGAUUACGAUUCUGCCGGUAGAAAGGUUAUCGGCACUGUAAUAUCUCCCCUUAUCACAGCCAUGCAGGUAUUUUUAGCUGAUUCAUAGUAGUUUCAUUCUUCAUCAUGGCAUUACCUUUAUGCCUUUGUUUUGCUAUAGAUCAUGAUAUGGUUAUGAGUUUUUCAUAAACGAUAUGGUAGUUGGCUUAGUUUUCAGUUA